UAGUGUACUAUCAGAAGAGUAGAGGACUCUAGAAAGGUACCAUGGCUUCCCUUAGUCCUUUCGGACGGUCCAGUAAGGACAUUAUGAAUGUGAUGCAGAGGCUGCAAGAUGAACAGGAGUUGGUACAGAAAAGGACUUUCACAAAGUGGAUUAAUUCUCACUUGGCAAAGCACAAACCUCCCUUUGAAGUCAACGACCUCUUUGAGGACAUUAAGGAUGGGGUGAAACUGUUGGCUCUGUUAGAGGUGCUGUCUGGACAGAGAUUACCAUGUGAGCAGGGCCGGCAACUGAAAAGGAUCCACUGGGUGUCCAACAUUGGAUCUGCACUGAAGUUUCUGGAGGGCAGAAAGAUCAAACUAGUCAAUAUUAAUGCCACCGACAUCGCUGAUGGACGCACAUCCAUUGUCUUGGGGCUGAUGUGGACCAUUAUCCUCUAUUUCCAGAUUGAGGAGUUGACCAGCAAUCUGCCAGCCCUUCAGGCUUUAUCCAGCAGUGCGUCUUCCUUGGAGAGCAUGGCCAGCUCAGAGACGGGCAGCCCACCCUUGAAACGCAAGGUGGUCACCAAGUUUCAGGGCAAUGCCAAACGAGCCCUGCUCAGAUGGGUCCAAAGCACAGCAACCAAGCGUCUUGGGAUCGAAGUUAAAGACUUUGGUCCUAGUUGGCGCAGUGGUGUGGCCUUCCACUCCGUUAUACAUGCCAUACGGCCAGAACUCAUUGACAUGGACCUUGUAAGAAGAAGAAGUAACCGUGAGAACCUGGAAGAAGCAUUCAGCGUGGCAGAGAACGAGCUUGGAAUACCACGUUUACUAGAUCCUGAAGAUGUGGAUGUGGAUAAGCCUGAUGAGAAAUCAAUAGUGACAUAUGUAGCUCAGUUCCUGAAGCACUACCCAGACCCCCACCAAUCCAAGACAGAUGGACUGCAAGAGGAGCUGGUUCGUUCCAUUCCUACAUUCGCUCUCUCUAUCCUAACUCUACAAAAAGAGGAGAGGAACGUGCUGAGAGAGGUGAAGAUCUGGCUGGAUCAGCUGGAGACAGAUAUACUGCACACGCAGGGUUCUGAAGAGAGUCUCACGGACAAAUAUCAGGCCUUUAAGAGCUUCCGUGUGCAGUAUGAGAUGAGGAAAAAACAGAUUGAGUCACUUCUGCAGCCGGUACAAAGAGACGGCAAACUAUCAGAGGACCAGGCGGUCUUCAAACAGUCCUUGGAUAACGUGUCUGUCAGGCUCUUAGACUGGCACAUCCAUCUGGACAAGUCUUUGCCUGACCCUCUUGGAGUGAUUGGAGCCUGGCUGCAUCGUGCAGAACUUGCCCUGAAAGAAGACGUGCCCAUUCAACAGGCCCAUGAUGAGACUGCCAACAUCAUCCACAGAAAACUGGAAGAGCACAAGGAGCUGUUGAAGAAUUUCGAAGGACACAGACAGACAUUUCAACAAAUUCACAGAGACAGAUCUGUAAACGGUGUCCCAGUUCCUCCAGAGCAGCUGCAGGACAUGGCCGAAAGAUUUCAUUUUGUGUCCACAUCAUCUCAUGUACAUACGAUUAAACUUGAAUUCUGGGAGAUAAAGUAUCGCCUGAUGGCAUUUCUUAUCCUGGCGGAGUCGAAGCUCAAAUCUUGGAUCAUUAAAUACGGCAGACGUGACUCAGUGGAGCUUCUCCUGCAAAAUUAUAUUGCAUUCAUUGAAGGUCAGAAGUUCUUUGAGCAAUAUGAAACCACGUUUAAGAGUCUGAAACAAGCUGCAGACACCUAUAUGAAAUCUGGAGCUUCAGCUGAAGAGGGUGAAGGGGUAAAUAAGUUUCUGAGCGAUGUGACGGCUCAGUGGAAGAACCUGUCGGUGGAGGUCCGCAGUGUUCGCAGCAUGCUGGAGGAAGUCAUCUGUAACUGGGAGAAGUACAGCAGCAUGGUGGCCAGCCUGCAGGCCUGGCUGGAGGACGCCGAGAAGAUGCUUAAUCAAUCAGAGAGCGACAAACGGGAUUUUUUCCGGAACCUUCCUCACUGGAUCCAACAGCACAUGGACAUGAAUGAUGCUGGAAACUUCCUGAUUGAAACAUGUGAUGAGACUGUGUCCAGAGAACUGAAACAACAGCUGCUACUCCUCAACGGCAGAUGGAGAGAGCUGUUCAUCAAAGUCAAACAUUAUGCAAGAGCAGAUGAAGUGGACAAACUGAGGAAAGAUUAUGAAGAUGGAAUUGAUGCUUUAAAAACAUUUAUUGACACGGCCAACAAAAGGAUGAACACUCCAGUCCAGGUGUCUUUCCUAAACAUAAGGACAUAUCUUCAAGAUAUUGAGGUAAUCAAACACAAAGUGCCGUCCAUGGAGGCUGCGUAUAAGACAGUGACACGUAACGCACAGCAGCUGACCAAAGACUUCCCCGAGGACGAGAUGGCACAGAUGCUGGCUAACAUGGCAACCAUUAAAGAUGAGCUCAGCAAGAUACGGGAGAGAGCUCUGCCUCUGCUGAGAGAUUCUCAAGCUAUGCUGCCUCCUCUUGAGGAGAUGGAGAAACAUAUCACCGGGUUUUACCAAUCCCUAGAGAAGGCGAGCCGCAUCACUUCCUCACGGGAUUCUGAGGCUCCAGGAGACUUCAAGCAAAAGUGUCAGGAGCUGGUGACGUAUCAGCAGAGCUGUAAAAAGUGUCUUUCAGUGAUUGAUAAAAACCAUCAGGCCAUUUUGAAAUCUUUGGACAUCAGCAAGACCCUCAAACACCUGGACACAUCACUGCUGGAGAGAAGAAUCUCUGAGCUUCAGGCUUCAUCACAGGCCAUGGUUAAGGAAACCACGGAGUGGAAAAGACAUAUUGAGGUGAACAGCAGCCUGAUGAAGAGUUUUGAGGAGUCUCGAGUAGAGCUGGAGAAGGUUCUGAAAAAAGCUCGCAGCUCCAUGACUGAGAGUGGAAACCCAGAGGAGCUUUUGAAAAAGCACACGGAGUUCUUCGGCCAGCUGGAUCAGAGAGUUCUCAAUUUGUUCCUCAAAGCCUGUGAUGAACUCACAGAUAUUCUGCCAGAACAAGAUCAUCAGAAUCUACAGGAAACAGUCAGGAAACUACACAAACAGUGGAAGGAGGUGCAGACAGAGAUUCCCUAUCACCUGCUUCAUCUGGAGGUGGAACUGGAGAAGAAUCGUCUGAUGACAUCACUGCAGGAGUGCCAGUCUGAACUGGCUCGAGAGAACCGCAGUCUGCCCAGCAUGGGAAGUGAGAGAUUAAUCAAAGAGCACAGGAUGUUUUUUAAGGAUAAGAGUCCACAGGCUCUUUGUGAGAAGAGAUUGCAGCAGAUGGAGGAACUCUGUCUGAAGCUUCCGGAGAGCAAACAGACCCGCCAGACUCUGGAAAACUCCAAAACAGCGUUUGCUGACGUCAAAGAGGAGAUUGAGAGUAUGCAUCACAAACUCAUGCAGAACCCUGACAAAUGGAAGGAGUUUAACACCAGAUUUUCUGAACUGUCUUCCUGGGUUACAUCAAAGGAAAGUCAACUCAGACUUUUACGAAGCAGAGCUGGAGACCCCAGCCAGUUUGACCAGGUCAAAUCGACCAUUAAGAGCCUGAGAAAUGAUGCCGAACUUCAGGAUGGGAAUCUAAGCUGGUUGAAGACUCAUUUGGCAGCUCUGAUUGAGGUUUGUUCAGAGAGUGACGCCCAGCGACAGGGAGCCGCCCUCAGCAAACUCUCCAAUGACUUUAAGGGUCUCCUCAUGUCCCUUUCCGAGUCAGAGAAACUGGUCCUGGCUGUGGGCGACUGCGUUCAGUUCAUGGAGGAGAUGAAGACCACACUGGAGGAGUUGACUCGGGGUCAACAGGAGCUGCAGACAAACAUCAGUACGAUUCUGGACUCAGAGUCUGUGAGAGAAGCACAACAGCUGCUGCUGCUACAUCAGCAACAAGAGAAGCGUCUGCGGUUGAAGGGGAAGGAAACGCAAGAGCAGAUAAUCCGAGGAAAGCAGCUGCAGAUAGUGGAAGGUCUGGAGGAGAGCUUACUGGAAGAUCUGGAGAAACUGAUCCAACACAAAACGGAUCAAAGCAUUGAAUCACAAGAACAGAACCUGGAGGUGACUUUAGCUGCUUGGCAGGAGUUUGACGGUCAGCAGGCAGCAGUGAGGGAGUUUGUGGGUAAAGUGCGACCAUUCACAGAGCAAGAGAUGAUCUUCAGCAGUCCAGAGAGUCUAACCACAGAGCUGGAGCAGACCAAGGAACUUGUAAAACAGUGUGAAUCAGAGUCUAAACAGGUGAACACACUUCUGAAGAGGGCUGCAGAGAUCCAGCUGGGCCCCAAAAACCAGUGUCUCCUGCAGGAUCAAGCCCGAGUUCUGAGUGAACAAGUGGACAAUGUUGAGGCUGGCCUCAAGAGAGAUGUGAAGACAUUAGAGGGGAUGAAACAUCAGUGGGACUCGUUCGGGAGUGAGUUUGAAGCAUUUUCCACAUGGAUAACGGAGAGAGAAAGAGAACUGGAUGCUUUGAAAAGCUCCAACGCACCUCUGGACCAGCAGAUCUGUACCAUAAAGAUGAUCAGAGAUGGUCUUCAGGAGAGAGCAGAGGUCCUUUCCCAUCUGGAGGAGAAGUCUCAAGGACUGAUCCGGUUUGUGUCCUCUGGCGAGUCUGCAAGAAUCAAAGCUCGCCUGACUCAGAUCGGCAGGUGCUGGGAGGAGCUUAAGGAGAGUGUGGAACAUCUGAAUGGACAGUUGGAAGAAAGCUCCUCCCACCAGAUGAAGUUUGAUGCCAAUCUUCAACAGGUCCAAUUAGAGGUUAAAGACAUCCAGAGUAACCUAGACAGUCCUGUCACUUCCUGUGUGUCUUUAUCUGAGACCUACAAAACUCUGCAGUGUCAUAUGGAUGUGUUCCAGUCCCUGGAGAAGCUCAAGGCUACCCUGCUGUCUCUGUGUGCUGGAUCCCGCCGGCUCAGUGAGAGAGAGAAAGCAGAGAAAGCAGUGGCGGCCCUUCAACAAACCUGUGAACAGUGUUUAAAACAGGCCAAAGUGAAACAGAGCCAAAUGGAGAGCCUUCUGUCGCUUUGGCAGGAAUACGAAAAGGAUCGAUGUGCCCUGCGGUUUUGCCUGGAGCGGUGUGAAUCUGUAUCCAGCUCUGAUACUCAGUUCCUGCCUGUCGACAAACUAAAGCUUAAUGGAGAACUGCUGGAAUUGAAACAUCUACAGAGUGAACUUCAGUCACUGGAAUCAGUUUAUGACAAGCUGAUAGCCCAAACGCCAACUCUUUACACCACUGCAUCAGAUGAACAUGUGAAAACCCUCAAAAAAGAAAUUGAGCAGCUUGAGAAAAGAUGGAGCUGUCACACCACAGCCAUACCUCACAGAGUCCUGGUGCUUCAGAAUCAUCUAACUCAGGUGGAAGAGUUUGAUCAGGCCCUACAGAAUUUCUUCAAAUGGGGUGAAUCUUUCCUUUCCUCUUUACGCUCGUCUUCUCAUGUUGACAUCACUGACCUGAAGCCUUCCACCAACGAUGCCAAGGAUUGGAGCGAUGCACUGCAAAAACAAAGCAUUGGAAAACAAAGUUGUCAGCAGCAAACUAAGGCCUUAUGUGACAUUUGUGAGCCCGCUGAGGUCCAGCAGCUUCAGGGAAGGUGGGAGAGCUCCUUGCAGCCGUACCUGGAGGCCCAUCAGCUGGUUGAACUACGUGGCGAGAGCCUGGAAAAGCUAGAGGCUUUCCUUCACACCCACAGUGUGGCAGCUGGUGUUCUUCAAGGUCUCAGACAGACCGUGGAGAGCGCUGGGAGCUGGGACAAGAGCCGUGUGGAUGAGCUGCAGAGAGAUCUCGAGGCCAUCGUUCCUGAUAUCAGUCACCUCGAGACACUCUGCAUGAACCUGGACGGCAGUCUCUGUAAAGCUCACCUCCACCUGAUCAACGGGAAGGAGGGUCGCGCCUCGUGCCGCUCGUUGUCUGACUCGUUGAGUGUGGAGCUCGACGCCGUGAGGAGCUUGCUGGGCUCGAAGCAGAGCGAAGCAGAAGCUUUGGGUGCGCUCUGGAGCUCGUUCAGACAGCGCAAAGAGCAGCUGCUCAAAACGGUGGAGGACAUUGAGGAGAAGGCUAAUCGACAGGGCUUGAAAGAGCCCAAUGUUCUUACUCUACAGCAGAGACUUCGAUUUUUCAAUCAGUUGGAGGAUGAGCUCCUGUCCCAUCAGCAUGAAGAACAGUGGCUCAGAGAUAAAGGUCAGCAGCUGGCACAGAGAGAUGCAGAGCAGGGUGGUGACGUAUUGAGAGAGAUUAACCUGCUUCAAACCACCUGGGAAGACACCGAAAGACUGAUCACUGAAAGACAAGAGCAGAGCUGUGUUUUGGUGGAACUCAUGAAAGACUAUCAAAGUCUGAAGUCUUCAAUAAACUCAAUAUUGGAGAGUGCUGAUGCUAUAGCGGACAUUAAAGCUGUCCUAAAAGACCAAGAGGACACCUGCAGAUCCCUGUUAAAGCAAGAAGCUGUUAAAGCCGAGAUGGCCGGUAAACAGGAUGUGCUCGAGCAAUUCUCUAACAACGGCAAGAAGCUUCUAAGUGAAUUAAACAAGAUCCCUGAUUGUGACACCCAGAAUUUGAAAACAGAAAUGGAUGCCAUCGUGGACCAAUGGCUGGAUGUGUCAGAGAAAAUCGAGGACAAUCUGGAAAGUCUCCAGCGGAGCUCUGCUUUGUGGAAAGACAUCUAUGAAAUCAGCACCGAGAUUGAAAGUUGGUCCAACAGCUCCAUUGUAGACCUUACAGAUGGACUCAAUAACUUCACGGACAGCCAAAAAACAGAAAUCAAACUCUCUGAAGUCAAGGUGGAUGUUGGGCUGAAAGAAAAGAGGAUAGAUGCUCUACAAGAGAAAGUAUCAGAGCUUAAGCAACUUGGUGGUGGCCAGGACGCCCCAGCUAAUCUGCAGGUCAUGGAGACAGACCUCAGAAGGAAGAUUAGUAACAUCAAUGAGUUGUGUGAUCAAGCCAAGAACAACCUUCAAGAUUUCUGCUCUCAGAAGAAACAGCUCGAGGACUUUCUUUCUCAUAUGUCUGAGUGGUUUAAGAACAUGGAGAGAUCUUUGCUGGAUUUGCCCUGUGGAACAGCUCCAGAAGAGAUCUGCAGAGUGAAGGAGAUCCAGAAAGAACUCCAGAACCAGCAGAUAAGUAUCGACUCGGCCAGGGAGAGUCUGAACACACUUUGCAGAAAACACCCAUCUGAGGAACUGACAGGUCUGGGUUCAUCUCUGACUGACCUCAUCAAGAAAUAUGAAACAGUCAAUCAGCUCUGUGUUAAAAAGCUCACGUCCAUGCAACACGGCCUCCAGCAACACUUCAAUGAUCUUGUAAAGGAGUUUCAUACAUGGCUGUCUGGACAGAAAGACAUUGUGAGAGAAUGCUCUGAUCAUUCUGGUGACAUGAGUGUAGUUGACCGCAAAUUACAAAAAUUAAAGGGAGCUCUGGAACGAGUAGAUGAAGGAGAGAGCCGUCUAACACAAGUGUGUACGGAGGGAGAAAAGCUUCUUCUUCAUCUUCCCAAAGCCAGUGCGGGACAGGUGCAGCAGAACCUCUCGUCUAUCCAGUUGGACUGGGACAGUUACGUGGAGCAGUGUAAACAGAACCAGCAAAACCUAGAGGAGAGUGCCAGUCUUCUCAGCAGUUUUGAGAGCUGUGUGCAGAGGCUGACCCGCUGGCUGGAGAGGAUGGAUGUGAGGCUGAGCACGGAGCUGUCUGAGGGCAGACACAGUGACCAGGAGAAAGCUGUGCUCGAGCGUGUUGAGGAAUUCCAACAUGAAGUGGUUAAAGAGAGAGACUCGUUUGAGAGUUUGUGUCAGGAAACUCAGGCUCUGAAUGCAGGAGGUCACGGCAGUGGGGAGGAGGUGCGGGCGUCUGCGCAGCUGCAGUUGCAGCAUCAGGCACUUCUCAAGGCAGUGAGAGAGAGACUGCGCGUAUGUCAGCUGAGCCUGCAGGAGCAGCAGAACUUUGAGGAGACAUUACAGAGCACAUGGGUCUGGCUCAGCGGGGUACAGGAACGACAAACUGCUCUCAACAGCACCAGUGGGAAUAAAGAGACUCUGGAGAAGAGACUGGGACUGGUGCAGGACAUCUUGCUGAUGAAGGGUGAGGGAGAAGUAAAGCUCAAUAUGACAGUAGGGAAAGGAGAACAGGUACUGAAGAACUGCAUUCGAGAUAAACAGGAAGUCAUUCGCUCUCAGCUCAAGAGUCUGAAGGAUUCCUGGGCGAACAUCCUCAUGACCACCAUGAGCGGUCACAGUCGCCUGGAGUGGACCGUGGCUCAGUGGGACAGUUUUCUGGAGACUAAAGCUCAGCUACAGCAGUGGAUGGAGAUGGUGGAGCAGGAGGUGGGGGUGACUCUGCCUCAACAGCCCGGACUGAAAGAGAAGGCCUCACUGCUGGAGCGUCUGCGGGCCAUUCAGGCUGAUGUAGAGGUCCAUUCAUCAGCACUGACCCGUCUUAAUGAGAAAGCCACAGAGCUGUAUGAGAAGACAGGAGAUCAGACUUUUGCAGAGGAACCAAAAGCUGAAUUAAAUUCCCAGUUUACCAAUAUCUCAGCAGUCCUUAAGAGUAAAGUACAACAAAUGGAGGAGAUCGUCAAAGAGCACGAGCAAUACAUGGAAUCAGUGCGUGAACUCAAUGACUGGCUAACCUCGGCUAAAGAAGAGCUUCAGUGCUGGUCAGACAUGUCCGGAGAUGCUGCUUCUGUUCAGAGGAAACUCUCCAAAGUUAGGGAGCUGUUAGACUCCAGGAAGCAUGGACGCGAGCGCCUGUCCCGCGUGCAGCGUUGCGGGGCCUCCACACGUGACCACUCGUCCACAGUGGGCUGUGAGGUUCUGGAGCGGGAGGAGGCAGGGCUGAUGUUGGCCUGGGAACAAUGGGAACGAGGAGCCAAACAUGUAUGCUCCGGUUUGGAGGGGGUUCUGUCUCAGAUGGCAAACUCAGAGCAGGAGUUUAACAGUUCAGUCGCACAGCUGGAGCAGGACCUGCUGGAGUUCAGCUGCAAGCUGCAUGAGUGGCGGGACAAACUGCAGCAGGUGGAGGAUAUGACAUCCAGUGAAGAGGCUGUGAAGGGAUGGCAGAUAGCGAAGGACACUCUGGAAGCACUGCUGAAUGUGGAGCCCAUGUCUGACAAUCUGAAGUCUCAGCUGAAUGAUCUGUGCCGUUUCUCUAGAGACCUGGGAGCUCAAUCUGAGAGCGUGUCCACCCUCAUCAAAGAGUACAACAGUCUUAGUUUCCAGGCCUCUCGAGAGUGCCAGGGAAAGGAGAAACUUCUGGAGCAGAGAUUUCGUGCUGCUUUCCGAGACUUCCAGCAGUGGCUGGUCAAUGCGAAAAUCAACACGGCCAAGUGUUUUGACGUGCCUCAGAAUCUCGCAGACGCAUCAUCUAGCCUGCAGAAGAUCCAGGAGUUCCUGAGUGACCGAGAGCAGGGUCAUGGCAAACUGAACACAGUGGCUGCCAGUGGAGAGUUACUGAUGAGCAUCACUGCUAAAGACAGAGUGGAGUCUGUCAGAGGCAAAAUCAACACAGCCAGAGAAGACUGGAAAACACUCAUGACAAACCUGCAUCAGAGAGAGAACGCCUUACAGAAUCUUCAGGCUCAGAUGAGAGACUUUGAAAUGAGUGUGGAGCCGCUCCAAGAUUGGUUAAAUGAAACCGAUGAAGCUGUGCAGGAGAGCAGCAGUCGACUGCAUGAUCUCACAGCUAAGAAACAGGAACUGCACAGAUUACAGUCUCUGCUAGAGGAGUUAGCCUCUAAGGAGUGUCAGCUGAGCAGGUUGAGGGAGAAGGCCCAGCAGCUGUGGGACGGACACACGGCCGGAAAGGGCUUUGUGCACCGUGUCUCACAGCUCUCAGCUCAGUUCCUAGCAUUAAACAACCUGACCAAGGAAAAAGCGUCUCGAAUCGACCGUAAUGUGUCCGAGCACCAGCUGUUCUCUCAGGGUCUGAAGGAACUGCAGAAUUGGGUCGCUGAUACGAGUCAUAUGCUACAAACCUACUGCUCUCCAACUGCUGACAAGAACGUUCUGGACAGCAGGAUGAUCAAACUUGAGGCUUUGCUGACAGCACGUCAAGAGAAGGAGAUCAAGCUGAAAAUGCUGCAGACGAAAGGAGAGUCAGUGCAGAGAUACACUUCAGCUGAGGGUGUACCGCUGGUGCGCAAACAAAUCGAAGACCUCAAGGAUUCCUGGGAUGGACUGCUGUCUGCAUCUAUUCAAUGCAAAAGUCAACUGGAGGGCGCUCUCUCACAGUGGACCAGUUAUCAAGAGGACGUGUGUCAGUUUGUGAGCUGGAUGGAGACAGUGGAAGAGACUUUAAAUGCAGCAGACAAGCAAUGCUCUGAGAUGAGGGACAAAACUGCCAACCUGGGCAAAGCCAAAUUGCUCUAUGAGGACGUUUCAAGUCACAGCAGCGUUCUGGAUGUCAUAUCCAUGAAGGGCUCCAACAUGGCAGAGCACUAUGUCACCCAACUAGAGAUUCAGGACUUGGAAGAGCGCUACAGCAUUGUCAAAGAUAAAGUGCAGUGUGCGGUUACUAAAGCAGAGGAGUUGGUAUCUGCUCAUCAGGAGUACCAGCGAAGUCUUCAUGAGUUUAAAGACUGGCUAGAACGGCAGCAGGAGAGAUUGAGCUGCUACACACAGCUGGAAGGAGAUGUUGAGACUCUGGAGGACACACUUCGCAGACUACAGGAGUUGCAGGUGCACUGCUCAGAGGGUCAAGCUCUGCUUAACACCCUGCUGGUGACCCGAGAGCAGGUAAUUCCAUGGGGUGUUCCUCAAUUAGAAGACAGAUGUUUGGAGACAGUGCAGCAAGACUGGGCAUCCUAUCAGUCCCGGCUGGGUGAGACCCGGUCUCUACUCAACAGCACUCUGGCUAAACUGCGUCAGAUUGAGCAGAAGUUCCAGCGGCUUGAUAACUGGCUGAAAGGGAUGGAGAGUAAAGGACAGUUACGCUCCGGCCGUCGAUCUGAUAGAGCUACAAAAGAGGCUCAGCUGCAGCUCCUGAAGGGUUGGCAUGAGGAGGUUCUGGUGUAUCAGGAGGAGAUUGAGAGUCUCAGUGUUCUAGCUCAACAGGUUUUAGAAGAGGUCCCCAUCAGUAGUCGACUGAGCAGCAGAGCUACACAACUCACGUCACGCUACCACGCUCUGCUACUACACCUACUGGACACUAUUAAGCAACUGAAAGAGGAAAUGUCCAGCAUUGAAGAGGCUCAGAGUGUCUUCAGCACCUUCUCUGAUUGGUUGAACACAGCACAAAAGAACUUCAGUAGUGUGACCGACACCACCAUUGAUGUGGUCGAUCGUGUUGCCAUGGAGAAGAAGAUGAAAAAUCUAGAGGCUAUGCAGGGUGAUAUGGAGCUAGGUCAUACAUUCCUGAAGACCAUGCGUGAAAAGACGGAUCGUGCCAUGACGUUCCUCGAGGAACCCGAGGCAGAGCGGCUCAGGGAUGAAGUGGACACCCGACUCUCCCAACUGGAGACAUUGAUCAGAGCUCUGCGGUCAGAGCUCAGUGCCACAGAGAAAUCCAUACAGCUCUCCAAAGACUUCCUGGACAAAUAUAAAGCUCAAACACAGUGGCUUACAGAGACUAAAUCACUGCUGGCUUCUCCUGUGGAGCAAAAGGCUGAACUUUACCAAAAGAAGGCCCAAUUAGCCAAAUAUAAGACAAUCCAGAACACCAUACAAUCCCACGAAUCAGCCAUCAAAUCUGUUAUUGAGAAAGGAGAUGCUCUUCUAGAAACAAUUCUAGACCCGUCUAUCAGUGAGAACAUCGGCAAGCUGAAAACCGACUAUCAAGAUCUUUGUAAUGAUGCCAAGGUCCGUGUGCAAAGCUUGACAGAGAGCUUCAGAGAACAUGAGGACUAUAACAUUGAACUUCAGGAAGUGGAGAAGUGGCUGCUGCAGAUGUCCAGCAGAUUAGUCACCUCUGAUUCCAUGCAAAGAGGAAAUCUAGAGACGGCAACACAACAGCUAGCCAGACACAAGGCAAUAAUGGAGGAGAUAGCUGGCUUUGAGGAGCGUUUGAACAGUCUGAAAGAGAAAGGUGAUCGUCUCACUAGCAAUUGCUCAGAGCAAAUCCAGGCAAAGAUAGGUCAACAGAUCCAGGCACACCAGCAGGGAACCAGAGACAGUUAUUCAGCCAUCUGCAGCACAACUCAGCGUGUGUAUCAGAGUCUAGACCGGGAGCUAGAGAAGCACGUCAGCCAUCAGGACACACUACAGCAGUGUCAAACGUGGCUGUCCGCUGUUGAAAAGGAGAUCCAGCUGCCGGCACUGACUCCCUAUGGCCUUCAAGAUGCUCUGAAACAGGUGAAACACUUUAGGGCCUUACAGGAACAGGCCAGCACUUACCUGGACCUGGUUUGUUCAGUAUGCGAUUCAUCUGAUGAAGCUGUGAGAGGAACUGCUGCCAAAAUACAUCAAACUAAAGCAAUGAUUGAGAAGAGGAUGUCCACAUCCCAAGAGCUGUCAGACAGUUGGAGGGAGAUUAAGGAACAGAAGCAGGAACUGUCAACACUUUUUCAGGACAUGGAACAGCAAUUACAAAGUCUCUCCAGGAGACCUGCUGAGCUCGAGCCCAAGAUUGCUCAGAACAUGCUGGAUCAAGCCAAAGAGUUUGGCCAGCAGCUUCAAAGCAGACAGAGUACUCUGACUAAGAUGACAGAGUUUGUGAGUAAGCUGACUGAUGGGAAGGAGUCUCCUGAGCAUACAGAGAUCGGUCGACUGAGUCAUGUAUGGCUGGAACUGUGCCAUCAAGCCAACAAACUGCAGUCUCAGAGAGAGGAAGAUCUGCAGAGAACUAAAGAGUACCUUGACUGCAUCAGUGCCAUGGAAGCCCUAUUUGAACAGGUGUCCAAAGAAUGGGACAACCUGGCCAGAACUGAUGCUGAGAGCUCAUCUGAACAUUUGGAGGCUCUUCGAAACCUCUCUGAUGUUCUCAAAGAGAAGAAAAGCACUCUUGAGGACCUAAGAGACCAGAAGCAAAAGGUGAUGUACCAUCUAAAUCUGGAUGACAAAGAGCUGGUGAAAGAGCAGAUCGGACACUUUGAGCAGCGAUGGGCCCAUCUGGAGAGCCUCUUUGAGAGGAAGAUCCAAGAUUCCAUUGUGACUCUUGAAGACAUGGCCCAAGUCGAGGACCGCUUGAGGGAUGCUCGAGAAUGGGCUGAGGAGCAGCAGCCUUCCCUGUCUAAGGCCAUGAAGAUGAGCCCUCCACCUGAGCUGGCACAGAGUUUUCUCUUCAACCAUCUCAUCAUAUGUAGUGAGCUGGAAGCCAAGCAGCUUCUAUUAGCCCAAGCUAUGAGUGAUACGGAUCGCGUUUUAGUGCAUUUAGGUCUAAAUGAAAGGCAAAGACUGCAGAAAUUGAUCUCAGAAGCUCAAGCAGAGGUGGAGUUACUAAGCCUCAAAGUGGCUCAACGCAGAAAACAUCUAAGCAAAGCCUUCACUGAAAGGACCCAGUUCUUAUUGGCUGUGAACCAAGCAAUCGCCUGGGUCCAUCAGAAUGAGAAGAAAGCACAGGCGGAGGAGUACAUAGCCCUACUUCCUGAUGACUUAUCUAAGCAGUUAAGAACUUGCAGGAACAUCCAGAGCAGCUUGAGGGCCUACCAGAGUGAGCUGACCUCCCUAUGGUCCCAAGGAAUGGAUCUAAUGAAAGAUGCCACUGAGGAAGAGAAAUCAGAGAUGAUAAAUAAACUCCAAGAACUGCAGAGUAUCUUUGAGGUCACGCUUCAGAAGUGUAGCCAAAAGCUUCAGGAACUGGAGAAAGUUCUGGUAACCAGGAAAUACUUUAAAGCAGAUCUAGACAAGAUAUGCCAGUUGUUGAAGCAAGCAGAUAUUGUUACAUUCCCAGAGAUAAACCUCAUGAAUGGAGAUGUGGAAUUAAGCUCACAGCUUAUGAAGUACCAACAAAUAUUUGAUCAAGCCAUGGAAUAUGAGAAUCUCCUGCUAACCGUGCAAAGAACAGGUCAAGAAAUACUUCCCUCUCUGAAUGAAGUGGACCACUGUUAUUUGGACGAAAAAUUGAGUGCUCUUCCUCAACAUUACAAUAAUAUAUUGGCACUAGCCAAAGAGAGACAGGAGAAAAUACAGCAAGCCAUACUUGCCCGACGAGAGUACGCCUCCUUUAUUGACGUGACUCACAAAGCACUGAAAGAACUUGAGGAGCAGUUCCAUAACUUGGGGAUGCAGUCUGUUGGCCUAAAUACAGAAGAAUUUGUCAGUCUACAAGCAGAAUAUAAAGUGCUCCUGGAGGAGUUGACCAAUCUCAGUCAAGCCGUCAGUGAGCUUAACCAGAAAAAAGAGGGUUUCCGAAGCACCGGUCAACCUUGGAGGCCCGAAGAGAUGACCCAACUGAUCAGCCUUUACAACAGCCUCAAGAGAUUGAUCGAACAAAAGGUGGAACAUCUUGAUGACACUCUGGAAUCAUUUGAAGACCAUCAAGCCAUGGCUAUGCAGGUUGACUCGGAGCUGAAGACCACCAAAGAGCAACUGGUCAAGGUAAAUGCUGAGACUCAGUCAGCUGAGGAGCGACUGAAGAACUAUCAUGCCCUGGCAGCUAGUCUUCAGGGUGCCAGCUCUCACCUUACCCAACUCAUGGAGCAGAUGGAUAACCUGGCAUCUCACAUGGAUCAAGCCACCCAUGAGGCCUCAAAACAGCAGGUGAUCUCUUGGCAGGACGAGCUUCAGUCCCUACAGUCAGCUGUCGGGGAACUGAUUGUUGAGUGCGAGAACAGGUUUGUGCAGAGUAAAGACUUUGAGACUGAAGUCAGUCGGACCUUAACUUGGCUGCAGCAAAUCAGAGAUGAGCUUGGCUCUGCAGUGGUGGUAGACGUCAAGGUUGAGAAGGUCCAGGAGCAAAUUAGGAAGCAACAGAUCAUGCAAGAGGAAGUCCAGUCGAGACUGAGGAUAGUAGCAGCUCUGAGCACGAGAGAGAAACAGAAGUACACAAGUGCUAACGAACUUGUCCCUGCUCACGUGGACUCAAGUUUACAAGAGAUGGCCAAGCUGGAGGCUGAUGUUCAAUGUGCCCUUAGCUCAAAACAGAUUACUCUAGAUCAAGCACUCACAUUGUGUCAGAAGUAUCACUCCACAUUGCAAGCCGCAUGUGAGUGGCUGGAGGACGCUUUGGGAUUCUUGCAGCAGGCCAGUCUUGGCGUGGAUGUGGAGAACUAUGAGGAAUGCCUGAGGCAACAAGAAGAUAUCAUGGCAACUGAGCAGGAUUUCCUAGGUGUUCUUGAGGAGCUGGAAUCUUUACCUCCUCAACUGGAGAACCUGGUCAACCCUACAGCCAAAGAACAGAUUCGACUCAGUGUAGAGUCUGCUCAGCAGAGAGGAGUGGAAGUCAGAGACAAGCUACAGUGUCACCAAGAUAUCUUAGACAGCUGUGUUGCCCAAUGGAAUGCUUAUCAGGAGGCCAGACAGACAGUCAUUGAGCUAAUGAACGAGGCAGAGAAGAAACUAACAGAGUUCUCCACAGCCAAGGCUGCAACAAGCCAAGAAGCCGAGGAGAAACUCAGGAGUCAUAAGUCGUUGGUCUCCGUGGUGAACAGUUUCCAGGAAAAGCUGACUGGUUUGGAGGAACAAGCAUCCCAGUUAGAGCUGAUUGGAAGUGAAGCUAGUAAAGCCACCAUCAGUCGCUCCAUGACCACAGUGUGGCAACGCUGGACCAGGUUACGCAGUGUAGCACGAGACCAGGAGAUGGUGCUGGAGGAUACUGCUCACGAAUGGGGAACGUUCAGGGAAAAGAUGAUGAAGGUGAGAGCCGUAACAGAAGAACUAAAGGACCGUGUCCCUGAUUGCACUGUUGAGAAAGCCUCUAAAGCCACACUACAUUCACAUCUGGAACAGUACGAGCUGGUCUCUCAGGAUUUGGAGAAGGAGCUGUCUUCUCUAACUCUGUCAAGUCAGUACGCUCUCAGCCUGCUGCAUGAUGCGGAGGUAUCGGUUCCAACAGCUGAUCAUGACCAGUUGCCCAGUGUGAAGGAAAUCAAAGCUUUUCAAGAUCAGCUUGAGAGUCUACUGCAGAAUGCCAAGACAGGAAAGAGCCAAGUUCAGCAGGAACUAUCAGACAGAGAGGGUGUGGAGAGAGGACUCGGUCUGGUCAAGAGCUGGAUCCAGGACUCUAGAGAGCUUUUGCUGAAUCCUACGUCUGAUCUGGAUAUUCUGACACAAGAACUGGAGGUGAUGCAUGGAGAGCUGAUUGAUCACCGACAGAAUGUAGACAAGCUUGCAGAACAGCAGCAGAGUAAAUACUUAGACCUGUACACCAUUCUACCAUCAGAGAUCUCCAUGCAACUGGCUGAAGUGUCCCUUGCCCUGGGAUCCAUUGAGGAUCAGGUUCAAGCCAAGGAGAGAGACAUCCAGAAGACCAGAGUUAUCAAAGAAGAGUUUGAUUCCAGAAUCCAUGACGCAUCUGAAAAAAUAAAGGCCAUCUCUGCCACUGUGAAGGAAAAGUCCACUGAUAUCGAUCAAGCAAAAGAUGAGGCCAGACAUCUUUGCGAUGAACUUAACAUUUGCGGAAGAACUCUAGCUGAACUUGACACUGCAGUCCAAGACUUUGGUCGCCGUAACCCUCUAAUAGCCAGACAGCUGGGUGAUGCCGUCGCUAAAUUACGAGAACUCCAUCAUCACACUCUUCGGCUGGCAGAGUAUAAAACCAUAUGUCUGAAAAAGGCUGAUGCCCAUCUAGAUGAAUACAAUGAGAUGUUUGAAUUCAUAGUUAAGUGGACAGAGAGAGCCGGAAGUCUAGUGAAGGCCAACAUCAUCUGGAACUCUUCUUCUCACCUGCAAGAGCAGAUCAGAAUGUAUCAGUCUGUUUUGCAUGAGUCGCGUGAGCUUCAUGGUGACCUGGAGGCCAUGCAGGACAAGGUGGAGAUCCUGUCUGAGACGCUGCAUGUGGAGGCCAUGGGUCAACGGGUGUCAGAUCUGAGCCGUCACACUGAAGAACUGGAGCAGAGCAUCAGAUCACGACUGCAGGGCCUACAGGACGCAGCAAAGGAUAUGGAGAGGUUUGAGGGUGAAGUGAAGACCCUGCAUGUUUCUUUGGAACAGGUCCAAGCCACUCUCACGUCCCCAGAAGUGGCCCGACUGAGUCUAAAAGAACAACUGACUCAAAGACAGCGUUUGUUGACUGACAUGGAGAGCUUCAAGCAGCAGGUAGAGGCGGUGCAGGAGUCUCAGAGCGCUCUGAGAGUUCCUGAGGAGGUGGUCACCAGUCUGUCCAUCUGUCGCACUGCUCUGAGUCUGCAGCAGGAGGCCAGCCAUCUGCAGCACACCGCCAUACAACAGUGCAACAUUCUGCAGGAGGCGGUGGUACAGUACGAACAGUAUGAACAGGAAGUGAGGAAUCUGCAGUCCAUGAUUGAAGAUGCUCAUCAGGUCAUUCAGGAUCAGCCUGUGAACACCAGCAACAUCCAAGAGCUGCAGGCUCAGAUUCAUCAUCAUGAGGAGUUGGCCCAGAAGAUCAAGGGAUAUCAGGAGCAGAUUGUAUCCUUGAACUCCAAGUGUAAGAGGUUGACGGUGACAGCCAAACAUGCCACCACACUCCUGACUGUGACCGAUUCAACCGAGAGCCUGGAGAAACUGGAUGGUGAUGCUUCUAAAAGAAAUCAGACUCAGUCUCAAGCCCUGAUGUCGUCUGGUCGCUGUCUCUCUCUCCUGUCUCCUGUGACAGAGGAGUCUGGUGAGGAGGGCACCAGCAGUGAAAUCUGUUCGCCUGCUUUCUAUCGAUCUCCUUCUCCUAUCACUAACACUGAAGCAGCCAUUAGUAAGAUGUCCAUGGGACGGGCCAGUCUCACCAGAGCGCCCAUCCAGGAGCUGUACGAUCCCACACUGGAGACUGUGGCCAGCUUAGAUGGUCUUCAGUGCUCGUGGGAGACCCUGAAAAAUGUGAUAAGUGAAAAGCAAAAGACUCUUUACGAGGCCUUGGAGAAACAACAGUGUUAUCAGGACUCUCUACAGUCCAUCUCUGCUAAAAUAGAGUCCAUCGAGACCAGACUAAACGAGCCCCCAAUGCUUGAUCUGAGUCCUGAUAGACAAAUGGUCCUUCAUCAGAAUCAGAUGGAAGAAAUUGUGAUGCUCCAGGAUAAUAUCAAUGAACUCCAGUCCAGCUUCACAGAAGAGCUGAUCUCUGACGCUGAGGACUCCACAGAUCAUCUAGCCAUGCAGUCCACACUCACUGUACUGGCGGAGAGGAUGGCCACAAUCCACAUGAAAGCAUCUGGAAAGCGACAGCUUGUGGAGGAGCGACUGGGUGAGCGCUUGGAUAAGCAGCAGCAGGCACAGGCUUUACAAUGUUACCUGAACCAGGCUGACCAGCUGGACCAAUGGCUGCAGAGCACUCGCUGUGACCUUACUUCAUGUUCACAGGACUCAAACAUGGAAGAGCGACUCAAACACUGCCAGAACGUGCUGUUGGAAAUCGAAGAGAAGGUUCUGGAUCUCUCAGAGCUCUCCAGAUACAGUGAGACCCUGCUUCUGGAAAGCCGAGCGGAGAACAGAGAGGAUGCCGAGCAGCUUGCCAGGAAAUUGCGUAUGCUGAAGGGGAGCUUGCUCGAGCUGCAGAGGAUGCUGCAAGACAAACAGAUCAACAUCCAGGAUUUCCUUCAAGAGCCAUCAGACUCCAGUGAAUCAGACUCAAGUCUCUCUCAGAGUCCAAACAUGGAGGAUUGGCUGGCUCAUGCACGCUCAACACGCAGCCUUCAACACCAGGAUACCCUCCAGAAACAGAAGGAGCUUGAGGAGCAACUUGCAGAGCAGAAGAAGCUACUGAAAUCUGUAGCCUGUCGUGGAGUGGAGAUUCUUACCCAGCAAGCAUCACCCGUCAGUGCCAGUGCUACGGAGACCCUCUCGCAUGAUCUAGAGCUGGAGAGAGACAGUCAGACCAUAAAGAAGCAGAGGAGGAAGAGAUGGGAGAGCCUGAAAAAAGACAUGGCCACCAAACUACAGCUCCUGAUGAAAACAAUUGAGCAAGACCGCAAGCAGCCGGUUUACUCCAGAACUGCAUGCGUGAAGACAGCAGGACUAGUUUAUAAAAGAGAGACUCCUGUCCAGGACAAAUCCACUCUAAUGUCCAUGCUCAAUGGAUUCAGUCAGACUGUAAAGGACAUGAACUCUCAGUCUACAGAAAGAGAAGUCAUUCAAAUGGAGCAGCAGCUUUAUACAGCAGUCACAGUCACUUCCUCUUGGGUUGAUGAUGUGGAGAACACACUGUUUUCUGUCCCCGCGUUACUGACGGAGAACGCUGACUCGCAGCUCUCCAACCACGAGACAUUAGGAAAAGAAGUGACAGAGGUGACCAGAGAGGUCAGUCACAGUCAGGGGCUGCUAGGGGGAGGUCUGGGUCUAUCUGAAGAGGAGCAGGCCCUGAUGAAAGACACCCUGGUCUGUCUGACCCGGCGUCUGGGAGCGCUGGACUCGGGACUGGAGCACCGCUGUGACACCAUGCGGAGCAAAAUGCGGGAGCUCACUGCUUUCCAGACUGAGUUGCAGCAUCUGUUUUCUGCGCUUGGUGAAAGCAAAUUCCAGAUUAUCCAGAAAUUGGCUGGAGUUGUUGAUCAUACAGCACCCAAACAGUUUGAAACUAUUGCUGAGGCAGAGGAGACGCUGAAAGACUUUGAGCAUAAAGUAACAGAGCUGAAAGCCAGAGGGGCGGAACUACAACCAGACCAGUUCUCCACCAAUGAGCUGCUGAAGCUACAGGAUGCUUAUGAGGAGCUGGUGAUGACUGUUGGCUCUUGGCGGAGUGAGCUGAAUCAGAAUAUGGCGCUAAAGAACCAGUAUGAGCGAGUUCUGCAGGAUCUGAUUGAUCUGGUGGACACUGCUCAGGACAAGAUGACCUCUGACCAGAAGAUGAUUGCCAGCUCAGUGGAGGACAUGCAAAACCUUCUAGACAAACACAAGGAGUUUUUUCAAGGCUUGGAGUGGCAUAUGGUCCUCACCGAAACGUUUUACAAGAAAAUUAGUGCCUUUGUUUUGCCACGUGAGCGCCAGACUCUGGAGGAGACACUCUCUCGAGCUCAGGACGUUAUAAAACAAGCACACAAGAGAGGAGUUGAGCUAGUGGGCGUCUCAGAGACAUGGAGUCGCCUAGUUUUGGACUACGAGACUCUAUUCCGGGUGCUGGAGGCAGUUGAGGGCAGUCGGCCCAGCGUAGGUCUGGAGGAAGAAACGGAGGAGAAGCUGGCUAAAAGAAUUGAGCUCUAUCAGGCCCUGAAGACCAGUCUGAUGGAGCACCAACACAGACUAUAUCAGGUGCUCGAGGAGGGCAAGCAGCUUCUGUCAUAUGUGAGCUGCCCCAGCCUGCAGAACCAGCUUAUUCUUUUGGGUGAACACUGGCUGAACAACACCACCACAGUCAACCAGGAGUUACAGCGCCUGGACUCCGUCCUGAAGCACUGGACCAGGUAUAAGUGCGAGUCUGUUGAACUGAGCCGCUGGCUACAGGAAGCUUUAGAGCGUUUGGAGUUCUGGAACACGCAGUCUUUGGCUGGUCCUCAGGAACUGGAGACCAUUAAAGACCAGCUUUCGGCUUUUCUGGAGUUCAGUAAGGAGGUGGAAACUCGCUCUAGUCUGAAGACCUCAGUGCUAAAUGAAGGAAACCAGCUGCUCAGACUGAAAAAGAUGGACACUGCGUCUCUGAGGUCUGAACUCACCCACAUGGACUCACAGUGGGCCGAACUGCUCGCCCGCAUUCCUGUGGUACACGAGAAACUCCACCAGUCUCAGAUGGAUAAGCUGGCAUCUCGUCAAGCUAUCGCUGAGCUUGUGAACUGGAUUUCACUGAUGGAGGGAGUCAUAGAAGAGGAUGAAGAAAAUCUCAAAGGGGCUGUUGGGUCAAAUGUCAUCCAAGAGUACCUGCAGCGUUACAAGGGCUUCAGAGUGGACGUGAGCUGUAAGCAGCUCACUGUGGACUUUGUGAAUCAGUCAGUGAUGCAGAUCAGUGGUCAGGACGCGGAGAGCAAACGCAGUGAUAAGACGGAUUUCGCAGAGAAACUAGGGGCCAUGAACUGUCGCUGGCAGAUACUGCAGACACGCAUCACAGAGAGGGUGCUAUACCUGGAGGGCUUGCUGGCAUCCUGGGUGGAAUAUGAGGGUAAAGUUCAGAGUCUUCAGGCAUGGCUGUGCACUCAGGAGGAUAGACUCAAGAGGAUACACAAGAUUGAGAACAUAUCUUCAGUGCAGAAUGCCAUCAAAGAAUGCCAGGAGAUUGAGGAGAUGAUAAAGGAGAAGGAGAGGGAGUUGGAGAGAGUGGAAGAACAGGCCUGUGGUCUCGUUCAAAACAAGACCGAUGAGGCCUGUGCUGUUGUCAUGGAAACUCUCCAAGCCCUCAAUAACACAUGGGCCAACCUGGACCACCUGAUGGGGCAGAUGAAGAUCAGUCUGAAGUCAGUGCAGGACAAGUGGAGUCAGUACAAACAAGCGUCUGAAGAGAUCAACAGUCACCUAACGGUGGGAAGAUACUCUGUGUCCCACUAUCGUCUGCUCACUGGAUCUCUGGAGGCAUCACAACUACAGGUGGAGAAUCUAAAGAAUUUGCAAGAGGAGCUUGAAAAGCAGGAGAGCAGUUUGAGAAAGUUUGGUGCCGUUACACAUCAGCUACUGGAGGAAUGCCAUCCUUCUGUGUCUGACUCACUCAAUAGCACGCUCAAAGACAUCAAUGCCAGGUGGAACAGUCUGCAGGAGGAGAUUGAGGAGCGUCUGAAGAGCAGUAAGGCUCUCCUGCAGCUCUGGCAGAAUUAUAAAGAUCUUUAUGGACAGAGUGAGUCCAGCGUGCAGAGCUCAGAGGAGAGAGCAAACCAGCUGCUGAAGACUGCCAGUCUGAAAGACAUUACAGAGGAAGAGGUGUCCAAGUGGAUCCAAGACUGUUCUGAUUUGUUACGCUCUCAGGCUCCAGUCCAGGCAUCUCUGCAGGUCUUACUGGAGUUGGGAGAGCAGCUCAAACAGCAAGUGGACACGUCAGCCAUGGCCUCCAUCCAUUCUGAUCAGCUUUCACUCGCUCAACGCCUAAACACUGUCGAGCAGAGUCUGAGCAGACAGCAGGUGGCGCUACAGGCUGGAGUUCGGGAUUAUGAGACCGUUAACGAGCUGUUGGACUCUCUGUCCCACUGGAUUGUGGAAGCCGAUGUGGUCCUCAAAAGCCAAGAUCCGACCGGUUCCUCUGACCAGUCACUGAUCCGAGACUGUAUGGAGGAACUAAAGAAACAGAUGCUGAAGUUCAGCAGCAUGGCUCCAGAUCUGGAGAGACUGAAUGAACUAGGUUACAGACUUCCUCUCAAUGACUCUGAGAUCAAACGCUUGCAGAACCUCAACAGAAGCUGGUCCAACACCUCUGCUCAAACCACAGAGAGAUUCAGUAAACUCCAGGCCGUUCUACUGCAGCAACAGACAUUUCUGGAGAAGUGUGAGACGUGGAUGGACUUCCUGGUGCAGACAGAGGAGAAACUGGCCGUGGAGAUUUCCGGAAACUUCCAGAGUCUGAUGGAGCAGCAGAGAGCGCAUGAGUUGUUUCAGGCAGAGAUGUUCAGCAGACAACAGAUUCUUCACUCCAUCAUUAGUGAUGGACAGCAUUUGCUGGAGCAAGGACAAGUGGACGACAGAGAUGAGUUUAAGCUGAAGUUGGCUCUUCUCAGUAACCAGUGGCAGGGUGUGGUGAGACGUGCUCAGCAGCGGAGGGGAAUCAUUGACAGUCUCCUCCGACAGUGGCAGCUCUACAGGGAGAUGGGGGAGAAGCUUCGGAAAUGGUUGGUGGAAGUGUCCCAUCAGGCCGAAUCCCUGAAGGCGGGCGCACCUCUACCUCUGCAGCAGGCACGAGCCAUGUUGGAUGCUGUUCAGCUUCGAGAGAAGGUUCUGCAGAGGCAGCAGGGUAGUUAUAUCUUGACAGUGGAGGCCGGGAGACAGCUGCUUCUGUCUGCAGACACACAUGCUGAAGCGACCCUACAGGAGGAGCUGCUGAACAUUCAGGAAUGCUGGAGACAUGCUAACAUCCAACUGGAGGAGCAGAAGAAAGAGCUGGCUGUGCUGCUUAGGGAUUGGGAAAGAUGCGAGAAAGGCAUUGGAGGAUCUCUGGAGAAACUGAGAGCGUUUAAACGUCAACUCUCCCAGUCGCUGCCAGAUCGCCACGAGGACCUGCAGUCUGAACAAAUGCGCUGCAAGGAUCUGGAGAGCAUGUUUGAUGGCUGGAAGGAGGAUCUGACACACCUGACAUUGUUGAGAGAAUCUCUGUGCAGCUACAUCAGUUCUGAAGACCUGUGUGUGUUACAGGAGCGCAUUGAACUUCUACACCGCCAAUGGGAGGAGAUCUGUCACCAGUUGUGUCUGCGCAGGCAGAAGGUGAGCGAGAAGCUGAAUGAAUGGGCGAUCUUCAAUGACAAAUAUAAGGAGCUCUGUGAAUGGUUGACUCAUAUGGAAAGCAAAGUAUCUCAGAAUGGAGACAUCAGUAUUGAAGAGAUGAUUGAGAAACUAAGAAAGGACUAUCAGGAGGAGGUGGCAAUGGUUCAGAAGAAUAAACAUGAGCUUCAGGAGUUGGGGGAGCGUUUAGCCCGGGCCAGUCUCGAGAGCAAAGCUUCUGACAUACAAAAAAAACUCAGCAAGAUCAAUGAACGCUGGCAGCACCUGCUUGACCUCAUAGGAGCCAGGGUGAAGAAGCUUCGGGAGACACUGGUGGCCGUACAGCAGCUGGAUAAGAACUUGAGCAGUCUGCGCUCCUGGCUCGCACACAUCGAGACCGAACUGUCCCGCCCCAUCGUCUACGGCACCUGCGACUUCCAAGAGAUCCAGAGUAAACUGGACAUGCAACAGGAGAUGCAGAGAGACAUGGAGAAGCACAGCACAGACGUGGCAUCCGUGCUGAAUCUGUGUGAAGUUCUCUUGCAUGACAGUGAUGCCUGCGCUACAGACGCUGAGUGUGACUCUAUCCAGCAGGCCACACGAAAUGUGGACCGCCGCUGGAGGUCCAUCUGUGCCAUGUCCAUGGAGAGGAGACACAAAAUUGAGGAGACAUGGCGGCUUUGGCAGACGUUUCUCGAUGAUUUCUCGCGCUUUGAGGAGUGGCUAACUAUGUCGGAGAAGACCGCCGCUCUGCCAAACUCCUCUGGUGUCAUUUAUACUGUUGCCAAAGAGGAACUGAAGAAGUUUGAGACUUUCCAGUGUCAGAUGCAUGAAAGUUUGACUCACCUGCAGUUGAUCAAUAAACAGUAUCAGCGGUUGGCACGUGAGAAUCGCACUGAUGCGGCCUGUUGUCUGCGGGAGAUGGCACACAAUGCCAACCAGCGCUGGGAUAAUCUACAGAGACGAGUGGCAUCCAUUCUUCGCAGACUCAAGCACUUUAUAGGUCAGCGUGAGGUGUUUGAGACAGCGCGGGACGGUAUUCUGGUGUGGUUGAAUGAGAUGGACCUGCAGUUAACAAAUAUUGAGCAUUUCUUAGUAUGUGACGUUCAGGCCAAGAUCAAACAGCUGAAGAUGUUUCAGAAGGAAAUCUCUCUGAACACAGCCAAGAUUGACCACAUAUUCCAGCAGGGUAAAGCUCUGCUAGAGAAGACUGAGCCGACAGAUGCAGCUGUGAUUGAGGAAGAGCUGGAAGAACUAAAGCGGCACUUCCAGGAAGUGUUUGGACGGGUGGAGCGAUACUACAAGAAGCUCUUACGAUUACCUCUCACAGAUGCUGAACAUGAAGUUUCGUAUUCGGACUGUGAGUUUGAUCUGGAUGAGACCAGUUUUCCAUGGAGCGAACGUCUGGCUGAUGGUCUGCUGUCCCCUCUGCCCUCCUCCAGUCAGUCUGCAUCACUCGCCGCUCCUCUACGGACCGAGCGCUCGGGCCAUGACACUCCGGCCAGCGUGGACUCCAUCCCUCUGGAGUGGGAUCAUGACUACGACCUAAGUCGAGGUCUGGAGACUGCCAGCAGAGCCCUGUCUUCUGAACCAGGACAUCAAGGAGAAGAUGGAUACCUGCAAGGAUCUGCAUCAGCUCUCUCAGGUGAUGCCAGCUCACUGGAGACUCAUAAAAGACAGCUGGAUAAAGCUUUGAACACCAGCUGCUUCCAUCUGCAGCAGACAGAGAACAUCAUACACAGCCGAACCCCCACCGGCCCUGAACUGGACGCCACAUAUAUGGGAUACAUGCGUCUGCUCGAAGAGUGUCGUGGCAGUAUAGACGCGGUAAAGCGAGUGGGAUUUGAGCUGAAAGAUGAGGAGGACAAGAUAUCUGGUUUCGUCGACCCCAACAGCUCAGAGUCCCAGACAUCGGGUGUGAUAGAGCGCUGGGAGCUGCUGCAGGCUCACGCUGUCAGUAAAGAGCUGCGCAUGAAGCAAAACCUACAGCAGUGGCAGCAGUUUAACUCGGAUCUGAACAGCAUCUGCAGCUGGCUGGACCAGACUGAAGAAGAACUGGAGCAGCAGCGAGGACUGGACCUCAGCACCGACAUACAGACCAUCGAGCAACGAAUUAAGAAACUAAAGGAGCUGCAGAAGGCUCUGGAUAAGCAUAAGGCCAUCGUGCUGUCCAUAAACCUGUGCAGCGGUGAGUUUGUUCAGUCGGACAGCGAGGAGGCACGAGACCUGCAGCGACGACUGAAGGAGAUGAACAAUCGCUGGGAACAUCUGAACAGCUCUCUGGAUGAGUGGAGAAGUGCUCUACAGGAAGCUCUGAUGCAGUGCCAGGACUUCCAUGAGAUGAGUCAUGGUCUCCUUCUGUGGCUGGAGAAUAUUGACCGGAGAAGAAAUGAGAUCAUCCCUAUUGACCUCACUCAGGACAGCGAUACCUUACAGGAGCAUCACAAAACACUUUUGCAAAUCCGUCUGGAGUUGCUGGACUCCCAGUUGAAGGUGGCGUCCCUGCAGGACAUGUCCCUACAGCUGCUGGUCCACUCAGAGGGCAGUGACUGUCUGAAAGCCAAAGAGAAGGUGCAUGUCAUCGGGAACCGUCUCAAACUACUGCUGAAGGAGGUAAAUCGAGACAUUAGAGAGUUGCAGAAGACCCUGGACAUCACCAGCAGUCAACAGGAUCUGUCAUCUGGGUCAUCUGCUGAUGAGUUGGAUACGUCUAGUUCAUUGAGCCCUGUGUCUGGACGCAGCACUCCCAGUCGCCAGCGAUCGCCACGGGGCAAAAGUAGUCUGUCACAGCCCGGAGCGUCUGUGAGCAAUCCACUUCACAGGUCUCGCAACGCCGCUGGAUCCGGUUCCUCCCAUUCUGACAAGGAUGAACCAUCGUCCUGGUGCAAAACCUUCCUGAAACGUGUCCUCUGGGCCGCAAUGCCCGUGCAGCUCCUCCUGCUGCUGCUGGUGGUCGUGGCCUGCCUCAUGCCAACGUCUGAGGAAGACUACAGCUGUGCCCAAAUCAACAACUUUGCCCGCUCCUUCCACCCCAUGCUUAGCUACACCAAAGGGCCUCCACCCACAUGAGCCUAAUUUCUAUGUAGAAACUUCAUCACGGCAACAACCAUACGUGUUACUCGGAAUUGACUACUGCCAUAUUGAGUAGUUUGGCAGUGAAAAGUGAAUUAUUAUCAUGUCCUUGUAUAGCAAAAUACAGCUGCUAAUUUUACAGUACAUCACCGAGUCUUGUGUAGAUGUUAGAAUCAAGCCUAUUGCACUGAACAUUUGAUAUGCUGUAAGACAGGUCAUCUUUAAUACUACAGAUGUUCUUCCAAAUUUGAAAAACAAGUCUUUUUUUUUUAGGAGAGCGUUAGAUAUUAACUCAACACUGGUACAGUUGAAAGAACUGAACGGUUGAUCGGGUCUAAAGACCUUUUUAAAUCAUGGAAAUUAUAUACUUUAUUGGAGAGAAUUGUGCAGAAUUGCUUGUACAACUUGUAAAAAUAGAGAAAAAAACAUUUUAUGAACUCUAUAUUGCAAUUACUUUUUAUAUGCAUUUUUGCCAUGUGGUCAUCCUUUUGGUUUUAAAAUAAUCAUUUUGAUAUAUAUUGCCAUUUUUGAUUUUGACUAAUUUGCUGUAACAAUCAUGUUAACUGUGUCAUGAAUAUACUUUAUUGUAUGUUAACUACUGAUAUCAAAGGAAAGGAUAUUUAUGUAUGUACAGUUUGCCGAGGAGUAAGAAACCUUUGCAAUAAAAAUACUCAUACAGUA